AUGAGCCAUGCGACCCAACAUAGUUCCCCGAAGAGCGACAUCGACAACAUCAUGGCCCACUUGGAAUCUCGCAAACAUAUUUCUCCAGAUUCGGGUUUUCCAGUAACACUUCAUCCUAAGUUCAACGCCAAGAUCAGAGACCAUGUCCCUCCUGACCCCAUUCGCGACCCGUUCACCCCGCCGAAGGAUCGGGCCUUUCUUGCCGACAAGAAAAAGAAGGCUUUGUUUUCUAUCGCGAAACACGUAGAUCUAACUGAAUCAAUUGGCACUGUACUUGAAAAUGUGCAGCUGUCGCAACUGAGCGGGCAACAACUAGAUGAACUAGCUUUGCUUGUGAAUGAGCGUGGAGUGGUGUUUUUCCGGGAUCAGGACCUGACAACAGAGAAGCAGGUCGAGCUGUUUGAGCACUACGCGCCAUCAUACUCUCUUCUUCGGAUGGAAGAACAUCCUGAUGUAGGCGGAGAUACCGCGUGGGUAUCCCAAUACGGACUCUAUGACGCUCUUAGCACAGCGUACAGAAGAUUCCUUGACGGCCUGCACGCCGUACACACAUCUAGACUGCAAUAUGACACUAUUCUGGACCUCUGGGGCGUGGGACCCAACCGCCCCCCAAUUGACACGCAUCACCCUGCGGUCCGCACCCACCCAGUCACGGGACUGAAAGCCCUAAAUGUCAACCCCGGUUUCGUGACGGGAUUUGCUGAACUGAAGAAGCUCGAGUCAGACAAGCUAUUGGACUUUCUGUCAUAUCAUAUCCACGCCGCUGACGAUCACUAUGUUCGAUGGAAAUGGGCGAUUGGAAGUGUCGCGAUGUGGGAUAAUAGAUGCAGUCUUCACAGAGUGAUCCCCGGUACGUAUAAAGGAGCUAGACGGGGAAUACGGACAACAGUGUUUGGGGAGAAGCCUUACUUGGAUCCUGCAAGCGAGAGCCGUCUAGAGCGUCAAACUCGUGAAAAAAACGAAAUUUUGAAAGAGGGAGAGCAAAAUAAUGAGGACAUUGGGGAUGGGCCGAAAAUUCCAGCUUGA